UCUCUAAACAAAUACACCAACUCCCCCACCUCUUUCUCUUUCCUCCUUUCUCUCAGACAUUUGUCCAUGGAGAAUAUCAUGAUCAGGAAUCAAACCAGAAUGCCUCCUUCAACACCAUCAGCACUGUCCAUUCACAAGGAUUCACAAACAAUAUCAAAGGCAAAGCCAAAGAUACGCAUAAUUCACAUAUUUGCACCAGAGAUCAUCAAGACCGACGUAGCAAACUUCAGAGAACUGGUGCAAAGGCUCACAGGGAAACCAGCUCAAGAAAAGGGUUGCAAAAAGAAAGCAAGAAUUGGCAGAAGAGAUCAUCAAGAGCCAAGGAUCACUAGUUUCUGUGACAAGCCAGUGGCAGCAGCUGUGGCCAAGAAAAUGGAGCUGAGAACUGGGUUUCUUGCUGGCUUGGAGACAAGGGAAAGGGUUAAGGAAGAAGAAGGUAUGUGGUAUGGUGAGAAUUCAGGUGGUUUCUUAAGUGGUUUUGGAGAUUUGGAUGGAUUCAUUCAAGAGCUUGGUGAAUUCCCUUUGCUUCCUUUGGAUGCUUCUCACAUGCAUGGAUUUGAAGAAGCUCAACUUGCUUAAAUUGAUUCUUUACUUGGGAUUUUUUUUCUCUCCUUUUAAUUUUAUUGAAUGUUUAAUCAUAUUGAAGAUGUUGUUUUUGGGUUGGGGGGGUUUUAGAUAUAGUUUUAACUGAAUUCUAUGCAUCUGUUUCUCUCUCUGAUCCCUCUCUCUAAUCAUAUUAUCUCUGAUGUAAAUAUAAGAGAUUAACUUGAUUUCAUGUGACUUUGAG